CCUAGCGGGUAAUACGCGCUCGAGGAGUGUAGCAGGCCUAGAACCCCGGGCUUGGCUUCACAUAGCUGCUCUCGACGACUAGUUACCAAGUUUUGUACGAUUUUUGAUGUCGAGAUGAUCUCUAUAUCAUCCGGUUCAUACGUCAAUUGCCGGUCCUACAUUCGUUCAAUAAGUUCGAGCAGAAACGGAAUCAGAGUCGGCAGGCAGCAUCUGCUCCAUUGAAUAAACUCGGCAAGACGAGAACACCGUCUUACCAUUGACUAUUGACAGUUGCGUUACGUUCGUAGUAAACAUUUAUUAUUGUGGUUUGCGUGAGUGCAUACUACGCGAUUCAGUUUCAGUGUCUGGUCACUUCGCAUCGGAUCCCUCAAGUGGCGUACGGCGGAGCCAGUAACCUUUCGAAAAUAUAGGUUGUCACAUAUUGCACAAAAGGCAAAACGUUUAGUUAGAAGACACUGAGCACCUUUCACUCUAAACAGUAGUCGGUAUGUGAUCAACAACAAUCUACGUGAAGUUCGCGGAAAUUUCGCGAAAGGUGGCGAUUAGCAGGUUUCCAUCCAAGUCAGUCUUUCUACAGGCAUUAGAAAAGCAGUGGCGUGUUGUAGCGAUGGUAACGGUGGUCAGGAGCUAACGGUGGAACAUGCGGGGGGGCGCAGGGGCGGCCGGCACUGCGGACUCUGCUCGCUGGUCGCCCGCGCCUUCCGCCGCGCGGUUUGUGGCGCCCCAAGCCGCAGGGGUAGCGGGGAGUCCUACCAGGAGCUGACGGCGCCCCAACCAGAAGAGGAGAUUACUAAAACUUCUGGCGUUACCAUCGAUAUCACUGAACAGAACGCGAUGUAUAUCAAGAUGGUCGCUCCAGUGGAAACUCCAAGACUGCAAAAAUAUUUCUCCAAAGAAGACUGGAUAUUAUUAGAUGCCAUGGGUUCGAGUUCCACCCAGAGGAGCUCUGGCCGAUUUCUUACGAUGCAUAAACGACGUCGCAAGAAGCUUACAACACGCUCUCUAUAUCAGGACCAUGCAAUACUUGAUGAUAUUCAUCACGGUCUAGUUCAAAGAAUGUUGGAAUAUUGUGGUAGAUGGGCAUUUAACGCUUUCACCUUAGAAACAGUGGCUGGUGGCCGGUCCUUACCAGUUCUCUGUGUUCAUUUAUUUCAUUGGUACGGCCUUCUAGACUAUUUCAAUUUGGACGUUGUUCGCGUCUGGAAACUCUUCACACUUAUCGAAGAAGGAUAUCAUAGCACAAACCCCUACCAUAACUCUAUACAUGCCACGGAUAUUACCCAAGCCAUGCACUGUUUUCUACAGGAGGAAAAGAUACGUCGGCACAUUACGCCUUUAGAAAUAAUGGCCGCUCUGAUUGGUGCAGUAGCUCAUGACCUUGACCAUCCGGGUGUCAACCAACAUUUUCUCAUAUCUACUUCUAAUCAUCUCGCAAUUUUGUAUCAAAAUAAGUCGGUGUUAGAAAACCAUCAUUGGAGAUCAGCAGUUGGUUGUUUAUUAGAAAGCGGUGUAGCAGAACAGCUGAAACCAUACAGGGACGAAUUAGAAUUACUCAUUCGGGAUCUUAUUCUUGCCACAGAUAUAAAUAGACAACAGGAGUUCAUUACUAGAUUUAAAAAAUAUCUAGACGAAGACAGUUUAGACCUGACGAGGCCGGAAGACCGAAGUUUCAUCCUUCAGAUCGCUCUCAAGUGCGCUGAUAUUUCGAAUCCCACAAGGCCGUGGGACAUUUCGCAAAAAUGGAGCAUGAAGGUAUGCGACGAAUUCUUCAGACAGGGAGAGUACGAGAGAAAGCUCAAUCUUCCAGUGACUUCCAUUUGCGAUCAGCAAUCGACCUCAGUUGCCAAAAUCCAAGUUGGUACGUUGCAAAUACGUUUCUUCAAGUUUGUUGCCGCACCCCUUUUCGCCGAAUGGCACCGUUUCUUACAGAGCAGCCUGUCGACCAGGAUGAUGAAUUUGCUCGAGUCCAAUCGCAAGCGUUGGGAGAAUCAGGAGAAGGUCGAGCAGGCCGAGGAGACGCAGACAGAGCUGUCGGACGCUGAACCUGAGAUCAGCGAAGAUGAGGAGGCUACCAAACAUUCGUCGGAAAUAACGAGCAUCAUGGAUUUCAUUCCUAUACCGACCAGGGACAACAGAAGACAAUCAUUAGCCGUACCCACAUUAGACGGUACCCUUGGCGUCCGGAGACAUUCUGUGCCAGUAAACUUGGAACCAGCACUGCCGCGCACAAUAUACCGCAGAGAAAGUCUUCCUGUAGCUCGCAACGCCUCUUCUUCGUCUGGCCGUAACGCGAUCAGCCCAAUCCGUAGCGAUUCCAGAGCAUCCAAAACUUCGAGCGGGCUGAGGGAAGAAGACGAACUCUUCAGAUUUGGAUCGCAGUCUUCCUUCUCUAGUCCUAGGCUGUCUUCAGGUGGAGACGAUGAUCCAGAGAGGCCUCUGAGCGCAGAGAAUCUCCUACCGGAACCCAGUAUAGCAUCCAUGUCUAGCAGUUCAGCUUUGGGGAAACUUUCAUCGGUGUUGCAGGGUAAUGCGGUCGCACCUAUAUCGAAGUGCCUGACAAGGCAGCAAACAUUCCCACCGCCUCAGCCUUACAGCAGAAUGCGAUAUAUGUCGGCCACUGUUGAGAUGACCACCUGUCCUGAGACGGUACAUGAAGGGGAUAGCAACUCAUCUCAUGAAAACAUAUCAUCUGGACUUCCACCGCAGUAUCCAAUACCGUCGAUAGCUGUGCUGAGUCCGAAUAACGGCAGGCCCCCGGAUCUGAUCGUACCCGAACCACCUCAGCAACAACAACAGCAGCAGCAACAGAAAGCACAAACAGCUAUGCCAAAAUCAAUACUCGUGAGUAGAGAGACUGAAAGCAGUGACAAGGAAAAGGCUUGUAAGGCCUUGAAGUUGUUCGAGGCUGGGCAGAGGUACGAGAAGGAAAACGUGGACCCCAGAAAGCCGCCUACAGGGGUAUCGAAGAGAAGAGGAUCUGUUCCCGUUACAUUGCCUCUUGGAAGAACGGAUGAUAAUCAGUCUCCUGCUGGCAGGGGAUCAGUUGUCGUGAAUUCCCAGUCUUUACGAAGAGGUUCAGUACCUGUUGAAAUUGCUCAUUAUUACACUUUCGAAGAUGCAAUCGAGUCUGUGGUGAACAUAACACCGGUAGAAACAAGUCGGACGUUUUGGCAGUACCAGCGCCGCGGCUCAGCACCGAUGGAUCUACCCCCCAAAGGUGGCGAGCACAAGGGUGAAAUGACGCUCACCAGGCACACCAGCCUCAACGGGAAGGGGGGUAGACGCAAACGUCAGUUGUACAGGCGGAGCUCGGGCGGGCCCGAGACCGUCCUGCUGCCCGACCUCGGGUCGGAAUCCUUCUCUCGUCUUCUACUCCGCAAACCUGAAAAUCCUGACACGCUGCUGGUUCGGCGAAGGGGAUCACUGCCAAUUGAAGUCCUGACUGUUGGGCAUUCCGUGUUUUGACGAUUGCCCCUAUGAGAAACAGAGCUUUGGACACGACCGUCCAACAAGCAAUAAGGACCAACACUGACUGACAUCCAUCUUCACUAGAUAGCUCAUUAUUUAUUAUUAUCAUUAAGAAUAAGCCAAAUAAUCAUGAAUGUUCUAGUUGUCACUGUAAUUGUUGAAAUUUGUGUUGAAAAACAGUAUGCAAUUUGGAUAGUUCUUCGUAGUGUAGUUAGAGAAAUCAUAAGUAUGUUUAUUUUACUUAUGAUGGCGCCCAUGUUUGACUCAAUACUUUGUAUUGUAUGUACAAUUUAUGAAGGUAUUAAAAUAAUUGUAAUUUUU